AUUCAGUGUUCAACCCUUCUCAUCGACCACUCGAUUUCUUGCUUGGUUAUUUCAACAAUGGUCCACUACAAGGUAUCGUACUUCCCAAUUCGUGGAGCUGGAGAGAUUGCUCGUCAGAUCUUGGCCUACGCUGGACAAGACUUCGAGGACAACAGAAUCCCAAAGGAGGAAUGGCCAGCUGUCAAGCCAAGCACUCCAUUCGGACAGCUUCCACUCCUUGAAGUUGACGGAAAGGUUCUUGCCCAAUCUCAUGCUAUCGCCCGUUACUUGGCUCGUCAGUUCGGAAUCAAUGGAAAGUGUGCAUGGGAGGAGGCUCAAGUCAACUCGGUUGCUGAUCAAUUCAAGGAUUACCUCAACGAAGUUCGUCCAUACUUCAUGGUGAAGAUGGGAUUUGCUGAAGGAGAUCUCGAUGCUCUUGCCAAGGACGUCUUCCUUCCAGGAUUCAAGAAGCACUAUGGAUUCUUUGCUAACUUCCUCAAGUCGGCUGGAUCCGGAUACUUGGUUGGAGACUCUUUGACCUUUGUCGACUUGCUCGUCGCUCAGCACACUGCUGAUCUUCUGGCUGCCAACGCAGCUCUUCUCGAUGAAUUCCCACAAUUCAAGGCUCAUCAGGAAAAGGUUCACUCGAAUGCCAACAUCAAGAAGUGGUUGGAGACUCGUCCAGUUACUCCAUUCUAAAUGAUUUCCAAAUUCACAUGGUCUCUUUAUGUAUUUUUGUAUUGAUAUGGGAUAAAUGAUUGCAUUG